ACCGUCGUCGCCCUCCGGCCCGGCUGUGUGCAGCCCGCCCCGGAUCCGCCUCCCUGCCCUUCCUCCCGGAGGCUGAGACGGCGCGUGGGACGCACCUGUGCUCCUCUCGGGUCACCGCGUCGAGGCGCCGGGGGCUGCUUCGCCCGCAGGAUCUACGGGCCUGGAGAACGCCAAUGGGGAGAUCCAAAUGGUCGGGGACUCCGGCACUUUAAGAGGCUUUUCUCUGGGAAACACCCGGCCCCUCCGUGCGCCUUAUGAAUGGAAAUACUCCUCCCCCGGUCGAGCCCAUUUUCCCAUUUCACCAGGAGCCGCAGCUCGCUCUCUCCUUUCGGUCUCCCCGCCCACAUCCACGCGGGCAGCUCCAGGAGGGGACGGACAGGAAGCCUUUGGCCGCCCAUUAAAUCCCACCCAUUUCUCCGGGGGCGAUUUCCUAACCUUCCGGGACCGAAUUCUGCAAUUUGAUUUUCUUCCAAGAUCCGGUACUUGCAGGAAUAUCAUAAUCGAGUUCUCCACAACAUUUAUCCCGUGCCAUCAGGAACAGACAUCGCAAACACCCUGAAGUAUUUUUCCCAAACAUUGUUAAGCAUUUUGUCCCGCACAGGGAAGAAGGAAAACCAAGAUGCCUCCAAUUUGACAGUGCCCAUGACCAUGUGUCUUUUUCCUGUGCCAUUCCCACUCACCCCAUCUCUAAGACCGCAGGUCAGUUCCAUCAACCCUACUGUUACUCGCUCCCUCCUUUACAGCGUCCUGCGAGAUGCUCCUUCAGAACGCGGCCCGCAAAGUCGUGAUGCUCAGUUGUCAGACUACCCUUCUUUGGACUACCAAGGCCUCUACGUGACUUUGGUGACUCUCCUGGAUCUAGUUCCUUUACUACAGCAUGGCCAACACGAUCUUGGACAGUCAAUAUUUUAUACAACCACAUGUUUGCUACCCUUUCUCAAUGACGAUGUUCUGAGCACUUUGCCCUACACGAUGAUUUCAACGCUAGCUACCUUCCCUCCAUUUCUUCACAAGGAUAUUAUUGAAUACCUUAGCACAUCUUUUCUACCAAUGGCCAUAUUGGGCUCCUCCAGGAAAGAAGGCGUCCCAGCUCAUGUGAACCUCUCUGCGUCCGCCAUGCUAAUGAUUGCAAUGCAGUACACAUCUAAUCCAGUGUAUCAUUGUCAAUUACUGGAAUGCCUCAUGAAAUAUAAGCAAGAAGUCUGGAAAGACCUUUUGUAUGUGAUUGCAUACGGGCCUUCACAGGUGAAACCCCCAGCGGUGCAGAUGCUUUUCCACUACUGGCCCAACCUAAAGCCUCCUGGGGCAAUAAGCGAGUACAGGGGGCUGCAGUACACAGCUUGGAAUCCCAUCCACUGCCAGCACAUCGAAUGCCACAAUGCAAUUAACAAGCCGGCUGUGAAGAUGUGUAUAGACCCUUCCUUAUCAGUGGCUUUGGGUGAUAAGCCACCUCCACUGUACCUCUGCGAAGAAUGCAGCGAGAGGAUUGCAGGGGACCACAGCGAGUGGCUGAUUGAUGUUCUCCUGCCACAAGCUGAAAUAUCUGCUAUAUGUCAAAAAAAGAACUGCAGCUCUCAUGUCAGAAGGGCGGUCGUCACCUGCUUUUCCGCAGGAUGCUGCGGUCGUCACGGAAACAGGCCAGUUAGGUACUGCAAAAGAUGCCACUCCAAUCACCACAAUAACGAGGUGGGGGCCGCCGCGGAGACGCACCUCUACCAGACCUCCCCACCCCCCAUCAACACGCGGGAGUGUGGGGCGGAGGAGCUGGUCUGCGCUGUGGAGGCUGUUAUCAGUUUGUUGAAAGAAGCAGAGUUCCACGCCGAGCAGAGGGAGCAUGAGUUGAACCGGCGGCGGCAGCUGGGUCUCUCCUCCUCCCACCACUCCCUGGACAACGCUGACUUCGAUAACAAGGAUGAUGAUAAGCACGACCAGAGGCUGCUCAGUCAAUUCGGAAUAUGGUUCUUAGUGAGCCUCUGCACACCCAGUGAGAACACGCCCACAGAGAGCCUGGCCCGGCUGGUGGCCAUGGUAUUUCAGUGGUUCCAUUCCACGGCGUACAUGAUGGAUGAUGAAGUCGGAAGCUUAGUGGAAAAGUUAAAGCCCCAGUUUGUUACCAAGUGGUUGAAGACAGUAUGUGAUGUCCGCUUUGAUGUCAUGGUCAUGUGCCUUCUUCCCAAACCCAUGGAAUUCGCCAGGGUUGGCGGAUACUGGGACAAGUCCUGUAGCACCGUGACUCAGUUAAAGGAAGGGCUCAACAGGAUUCUCUGCCUGAUCCCCUACAAUGUGAUCAGCCAGUCCGUGUGGGAGUGCAUUAUGCCAGAAUGGCUGGAGGCCAUCCGGACGGAAGUCCCUGACAACCAGUUAAAGGAAUUCAGGGAAGUAUUAAGCAAAAUGUUUGACAUAGAGCUGUGUCCUCUGCCAUUUUCCAUGGAAGAGAUGUUUGGUUUUAUCAGCUGCCGGUUUACAGGAUACCCUUCCACGGUGCAGGAGCAAGCCCUACUCUGGCUUCACGUAUUAUCGGAGUUAGAUAUCACGGUUCCACUUCAACUCUUGAUAAGUAUGUUUUCUGAUGGUGUUAAUUCUGUUAAAGAAUUGGCAAAUCAAAGAAAGUCAAGAACCAAUGAGCUGUCAGGGAACACCGCAGCACGAAGGGUGAGUGUCGCCUCUGAUCCUGGUCGGCGAGGUCAGCACAAUAUGUUGAGUCCGUUCCAUAGCCCCUUCCAGAGUCCGUUCCGGAGUCCCAUGCGUAGUCCAUUUCGUAGCCCUUUCAAGAAUUUUGGGCACCCAGGAGGAAGGACUAUUGAUUUUGACUGUGAAGAUGAUGACAUGAAUCUAAAUUGUUUCAUCCUCAUGUUUGAUCUUCUCCUAAAGCAGAUGGAGUUACAAGAUGAUGGCAUCACGAUGGGUUUGGAACACAGUUUGUCAAAGGACAUUAUUUCUAUCAUCAACAAUGUCUUCCAGGCCCCCUGGGGGGGCUCCCACAGCUGCCAGAAGGACAAAAAGGCGAAGGAGUGUAACUUGUGCCAGUCUAGUAUCCUCUGCUACCAGCUGGCUUGUGAACUCCUGGAGAGGCUAGCUCCCAAAGACGAAAGCCGGCUGGUGGAGCCCACAGACAGCCUUGAAGAUAGCCUCCUUUCUUCCAAGCCAGAGUUCAUUAUAGGGCAUGAGGGAGAGGAGGAGGAGAACCCAGCAGCCAGGCAUGGAGAGAAUCCAGGCACCCGUACAGCGCCCUCAGAAAAUGCUGCAAUAAAGAACGACACGGAAAGAAAAUUUUGCUACCAACAGCUUCCAGUAACGCUGAGACUAAUAUAUACCAUUUUCCAGGAAAUGGCUAAGUUUGAAGAGCCAGACAUUCUUUUUAAUAUGCUCAAUUGCUUAAAGAUUCUCUGUCUGCACGGAGAAUGUUUAUACUCUGCGAGGAAAGACCAUCCUCAGUUUUUAGCCUACAUCCAGGACCACAUGUUGAUUGCAAGCCUGUGGAGAGUCGUCAAGUCCGAGUUCUCUCAGCUGUCCUCAUUGGCAGUCCCUCUCCUUCUUCACGCUCUGUCCCUUCCUCAUGGUGCUGACAUAUUCUGGACAAUCAUAAACGGCAACUUCAACAGCAAAGACUGGAAGAUGAGGUUUGAAGCAGUGGAAAAAGUAGCUGUCAUUUGUAGGUUUUUGGAUAUUCACUCAGUGACCAAAAACCACCUGCUGAAGUACUCACUGGCACACGCCUUCUGCUGCUUCCUGACAGCUGUGGAGGAUGUGAACCCUGCAGUUGCCACCAGAGCAGGUCUCCUGCUUGAUACCAUAAAGAGGCCAGCACUGCAGGGUCUCUGUCUCUGCCUUGACUUCCAGUUUGACACCGUGGUUAAAGACCGCCCCACCAUCCUGAGCAAGCUUUUACUCUUGCAUUUCCUUAAGCAAGAUAUCCCUGCUUUGAGCUGGGAGUUCUUUGUCAACAGAUUCGAGACACUUUCUUUAGAAGCUCAGCUGCAUCUGGAUUGUAACAAAGAAUUUCCCUUUCCUACAACCAUCACCGCUGUGAGAACCAACGUUGCCAACCUCAGCGAUGCUGCGUUGUGGAAAAUCAAGAGGGCACGCUUUGCAAGAAACCGGCAGAAGAGUGUUCGGUCUCUGAGGGACAGCGUGAAGGGGCCCACAGAAUCCAAGAGGGCGCUCUCCCUCCCUGAAACCCUGACCUCCAAAAUCCCUGUGAGGUUGACCAGGCAUGAGCAGUCUGCUCCAGCUCUCGGUGGGACACCUGAACAGACGCCAGGACAACAGUCUCCUGAGAAUGACAACACCAUCAAGGAUUUGCUCCCAGAAGAUGCUGGAAUCGACCACCAGACAGUCCACCAGCUGAUUACAGUGCUCAUGAAGUUCAUGGCCAAGGAUGAGAGCAGCGCGGAGUCAGACAUCAGCAGCGCCAAGGCCUUCAACACCGUCAAGAGGCACCUCUACGUCUUACUUGGCUACGACCAACAGGAAGGCUGCUUCAUGAUUGCACCCCAAAAAAUGCGCCUGUCAACAUGCUUUAAUGCAUUUAUUGCAGGCAUUGCCCAAGUUAUGGACUAUAACAUUAACUUGGGCAAACACCUUCUCCCCCUCGUGGUCCAGGUGCUCAAAUACUGCUCUUGUCCUCAACUACGGCAUUAUUUCCAACAGCCACCUCGCUGCUCCCUCUGGUCCUUAAAGCCUCACAUCAGGCAGAUGUGGUUGAAGGCCUUGCUCGUCAUCCUUUACAAGUAUCCAUACCGAGACUGUGAUGUCAGCAAGAUCCUUCUGCACCUGAUUCACAUAACAGUCAAUACACUCAAUGCGCAAUACCAUAGCUGCAAGCCCCAUGCCACGGCAGGACCUUUGUACAGUGACAACAGCAACAUAAGCAGAUACAGCGAGAAAGAAAAAGAAGAAGAUAGUGUUUUUGAUGAAUCUGAUAUUCAUGAUACACCUACUGGACCCUGCAAUAAAGAGUCUCAAACUUUUUUUGCAAGAUUGAAAAGGAUAGGCGGCAGCAAAAUGGUGAAAUACCAGCCGGUUGAAAUGAAUGUUCAGAGAAGUGAAAUAGAACUGGCCGAAUAUAGAGAAACUGGUGCGUUACAAGACAGCGUUCUGCACUGUGUGAGAGAAGAAAGCAUUCAGAAAAAAAAGCUGCGCUCUUUUAAACAAAAAUCUCUUGAUAUAGGGAAUGCAGACUCCCUCUUGUUUACAUUAGAUGAGCAUCGUAGGAAGUCCUGCAUAGAUCGCUGUGACAUAGAUAAGCCUCCUGCCCAAGCUGCUUAUAUUGCACAACGGCAAAAUGACCACCACGGACGCUCUAGACAGAAUUCUGCUACGAGGCCUGACAGUACUGAAAUCCCCAAGAAUCCGGCGACUGAAGGUUUUCAAGAAACACGAAGGCCCGUGAUACCAGAAGUUAGGUUGAACUGUAUGGAGACGUUCGAAGUGAGAGUUGACUCCCCGGGAAAGCCCGCCCCUAAAGAGGAUUUUGAUCUCAUAGAUUUGUCCUCAGAUUCAACGUCUGGACCAGAGAAACACUCUAUACUCUCAACAUCUGACAGUGACUCUCUUGUAUUUGAGCCUCUCCCGCCUCUCAGAAUAGUAGAAAGUGAUGAAGAAGAUGAGAUGAUGAACCAGGGGAAUGAUGGUUCCUCGGGUAAAAAUGCUGCCUCCUCACCCUCCAUCCCCAGCCAGCCCUCUGUCCUUAGCUUAAGCACUACUCCUCUUGUGCAGGUCAGUGUGGAGGACUGUUCCAAAGACUUUUCCUCUAAGGACUCAGGAAAUCACCAGUCAGCGAGCAAUGACGACUCGACCAUCACAGCUCUGGACGAGCUCACCGACUCUGAAGAGCUGUCGAAGUCACAGGAGCUGAGAGAGUUUGCCUCUGGCAGUCCGCUAACACUAAAGCAGAAGCGAGACCACCUCCAGAAGUCACCUGCGGUCCCCGAGAUGUCAGUGGACUACAACCCUGACCUUGGCACGGCUGGAGAGAAGGCAGGCCAGACACCAACAUCAGGGGCCAAAACUGUGCUCCUCAAAGUUCCUGAAGAUGCUGAGAGUCCAAUAGAAAGCGAGAAGCCCAACUCAAGCACUGAGUCUGAUACAGAACAGAACCCUGAAAGGAAGGCAGAGGAGGAUGGGGCUGAGGAAUCAGAGUUUAAGAUUCAGAUCGUCCCCAGACAGAGGAAACAAAGGAAGAUUGCCGUCAGCGCUAUCCAGAGAGAGUACCUCGACAUCUCCUUCAACAUUCUAGACAAACUGGGUGACCAGAAGGACCCAGAUCCGUCUGCUAAAGGACUUUCAACAUUGGAAAUGCCACGGGAAUCUUCAUCUGCCCCUACAUUAGAAGCAGGUGCCCCCGAAACAGGCAGCCACUCGUCAAUAUCAACUCAGUAUAGGCAGAUGAAAAGGGGAUCUCUGGGAGUUGUGACAAUGAGCCAGUUAAUGAAGCGACAGCUGGAGCAUCAGUCUAGCGCCCCCCAUAACAUCAGCAACUGGGACACUGAACAGGUACAGCCCGGGAAACGCCAAUGUAACGUGCCAAUGUGCCUAAACCCCGACCUGGAGGGACAGCCGCUGAGAACAAGAGGUGCCACUAAAUCUAGCCUGCUGUCAGCACCCAGCAUAGCCAGUAUGUUCGUGCCUGCACCCGAGGAAUUCACGGAUGAGCAGCCAACGGUGAUGACGGACAAAUGCCAUGACUGUGGGGCCAUUCUCGAAGAGUACGAUGAAGAAACCCUGGGACUAGCCAUCGUGGUCCUCUCCACAUUCAUCCACCUGAGCCCAGACUUGGCAGCCCCGCUGUUGCUGGAUAUCAUGCAGUCUGUGGGAAGGCUCGCAUCCAGCACGACCUUUUCUAAUCAAGCAGAAAGCAUGAUGGUUCCCGGCAAUGCAGCAGGUGUGGCCAAGCAGUUCCUUCGCUGUAUCUUCCAUCAGCUGGCACCCAAUGGCAUCUUCCCCCAGCUGUUCCAGAGUGCCAUCAAAGAUGGAACUUUUUUACGGACCUUAGCCACAUCGCUCAUGGACUUCAAUGAGCUGAGCUCAAUUGCUGCCCUCAGUCAACUCUUGGAGGGUCUAAAUAACAAAAAGAAUUUACCAGCAGGGGGUGCUAUGAUCCGCUGUUUGGAAAACAUUGCCACGUUCAUGGAAGCUCUGCCCAUGGAUUCUCCUAGUAGCCUCUGGACCACAAUCAGCAACCAGUUUCAGACAUUUUUUGCCAAGCUGCCUUGUGUUUUGCCUCUGAAGUGUUCUUUGGAUUCCAGUCUGAGAAUCAUGAUUUGCCUCUUGAAGAUCCCUUCUACCAAUGCCACGAGGAGUUUGUUGGAACCAUUUUCCAAGUUACUCAGCUUCGUCAUUCAGAAUGCGGUCUUCACUCUGGCCUACCUGGUGGAGCUAUGUGGCUUGUGCUAUCGAGCCUUCACCAAGGAACGGGAUAAAUUCUACCUGUCUCGGAGUGUUGUUCUGGAACUUCUCCAGGCCCUGAAGUUCAAGUCUCCAUUGCCAGAUACAAACCUCCUGCUUCUUGUCCAGUUUAUUUGUGCAGAUGCUGGAACCAAGCUAGCUGAGUCUACCAUUCUGAGCAAGCAGAUGAUAGCCUCCGUGCCUGGGUGUGGGACAGCAGCGAUGGAUUGCAUACGGCAGUACGUCAGCGAAGUGCUGGACUUCAUGGCAGACAUGCACACCCUAACCAAGCUCAAGAGCCACAUGAAGACAUGCUCCCAGCCUCUGCAUGAGGACACGUUCGGUGGUCAUCUCAAAGUUGGCCUGGCUCAGAUUGCAGCUAUGGAAAUCUCCCGGGGCAACCAUAGAGAUAACAAGGCUGUGGUCCGCUAUCUGCCUUGGCUCUACCACCCUCCUUCCGCCAUGCAGCAAGGACCUAAAGAAUUCAUCGAGUGUGUCUCCCACAUCCGGCUGCUGUCCUGGCUGCUCCUGGGGUCCCUCACCCAUAAUGCGGUCUGUCCCAAUGCCUCCUCCCCCUGCCUUCCAAUACCUCUGGAUGCAGGAUCCCACAUCGCAGACCACCUUAUUGUUAUCCUAAUUGGAUUUCCAGAGCAAUCAAAGACCUGUGUGCUCCACAUGUGCUCCCUCUUCCAUGCUUUCAUCUUUGCUCAGCUCUGGACGGUGUACUGCGAACAAAGUGCCGUGGCGACAAACGUCCAGAAUCAGAACGAGUUCAGCUUCACAGCAAUACUAACAGCACUGGAAUUUUGGAGUAGGGUGACACCCAGCAUCCUUCAGCUGAUGGCUCACAACAAAGUGAUGGUAGAAAUGGUGUGUCUCCAUGUGAUUAGCUUAAUGGAGGCAUUGCAAGAAUGCAAUUCAACCAUUUUUGUCAAGCUGAUCCCUAUGUGGUUGCCAAUGAUUCAGUCAAAUACCAAGCACUUAUCCGCCGGCCUCCAGCUUCGUCUCCAGGCCAUCCAGAACAACGUGAACCACCACAGCCUAAGGACGCUGCCCGGCUCGGGCCAGAGCAGUGCUAGCCUAGCUGCCCUCCGCAAAUGGCUGCAGUGCACCCAGUUCAAGAUGGCCCAGGUGGAGAUCCAGUCCUCAGAAGCAGCCUCUCAAUUCUAUCCUCUAUGAGUGGACUCCUGGCUCCAGCGUCAACACUCUGGCUUAGCAAUAAUGGGUAUAAAAACAAACAAUUUGAUCCAGGCAGGUUGGGGAACACUGGUACUGUACAGUCUCUUUCUAGUUUAGUAUCAAGACGUGCAGGCCGGACAGGGCCGCAAACGAAGCUUUCUUGCUACACGCAUUUCUGAUGACUCCUUGGGCUAUCUGAUUAAGUGUUUCCUUACAUUAUUUUUUAAGAAAAAAAAAACCAAAUCAUUUUUCUUUAUCUAACUUCUAUUUUUUUUAAGAAAAAAUAAAAAAAACAGACUGGUGGGUACUCACAGAAAAGUUGUAUAAAGCCCCCUGUUGCUAUUUUUGAUGAUAGAGAAUAAAUAGGGUUUUUGAAACCUUUGUAGUGUUUUUUCUUAAAACUCUACUCUUGGCAAUGCAAUAAAGCAAAACAAAAACAUACAAAAGUCACCAGAAUCCAGUGACACCUGACCGAAGCUUUU